UUUUUUAUCAAAUUUCAGAAUUUAUUUCAUUGUCCCAAAGAAAAAAUUAUUUAUAAUGAUCCGGUUUGUGAUGAUACAGAACAGGGCCGGGAAGACCAGGUUGGCCAAGUGGUACAUGAACUUUGACGACGAGGAGAAGCAGAAGCUGAUCGAGGAGGUGCACGCCGUUGUCACCGUGCGUGAUCAGAAGCACACAAACUUUGUGGAGUUUAGAAACUUUAAAAUCAUCUACCGAAGAUACGCAGGUCUGUAUUUCUGUAUCUGUGUUGAUGUAAGCGACAACAACCUUUUCUACCUCGAGGCCAUACACAACUUUGUCGAGGUCCUCAACGAGUACUUCCACAACGUGUGUGAGCUCGACCUCGUCUUCAACUUCUACAAGGUCUACACUGUCGUCGACGAGAUGUUUCUGGCCGGGGAGAUGAGGGAAACCAGUCAGACCAAAGUUCUGAAGCAGCUGACAAUGUAUAAUUCGUUAGAAUGAAUAUUUAACGUAAAAACUGUUCACAAAUUUGAACUUGGAGCGCAUUUUUCUUUAAUAUCAUACUUUUGGACUUUUUGAUAGAAAGUUAUCGAUAAAUGUCAAUAUAUUGUGUUUGUAAUAGUUUAAUUAAUUUAUUAAAUGUUCAAUUUA